CUCGAGCUCGCCGUGCACCUGCUGGCCGGCCAGUACAUCUACCGACUCGCACGCCGCCUAGCGACCCUCGGCACCCGCGUCCUCCCUCCCGCCUCGCCAGCCGGCGAGAUGAUGCGGACCUCGAGCGAGCACGAGCUCCUGCCGCAGAGCCCGACCAGCCCGACCGCGCCGUACGGUCGUCACACGCCUCGAGGCUCGCUCUGGCCAGACGAGGAGGGCGGCGAGCCCGAGGCGCGCCGUCACAAGUUCGCGAGGAGGAGGCGAGGCGGUGCGGCAGCAUGGUGUGCAGGGCUGGCGUGGACCGAUCGGCUGAGGUGGAUCAUCGGAGCGCUCGUAGUUGGCGGCUUCUUUUAUGCAUCCCUCCUCGACCACGGCACCGACGCGCGAGAACGGAUACGAGACUCGCUUCAUUCUGCAGCUCAUCGACUACACGACCUGACGGCCGAGAAGGCGGGCAUGAACAAGUCGCUGGUCCUCAACUUCCCGGACGAGCCGCAGGACACUUUCAUGAGCCAGCUCAAGCCCGGCGUGCGGUACAUCACCACCAUGAGCUACGGCGGUCACGCCAACCAGUUCAUGGCGAUCGAGAACCUUCUUUACCUGAGCAAGCUCCUGUCCCGUGUCGCGAUCGUCCCUACCCUGUCUCCCCUCCACUUCAACGAGACGCCUCGCGACUUUUCCACCUUCUACGACCUCGACCGCUUCUACCGCGAGACCGAGAUUCCCGCCGUCGAGAUGUCGGCGUUCAAGCCGUGGAACUUUACCCGACCCGCCGUCAAGGAACAGAUCAGCUGCUGGUCGGUCCUCGAGCAGACGGCCGGCAACCGCAACGUCAAUGACGGCUCGCUCGCGGCCCACCAGAUCGCCGUCAAGUACUGGGCCUUGCCGCCGAUGGAGCGAGGCUCAGAAGGGUUCAACAUCUGGUUCGAGUCGCUCCACAGCUUCGACUUUGGCCGGCUCAAGCGCGACAAGUGGAUCGAGCGCGUCAAGAAGGAGCUCAUCCCGCAGCAGUACCCUCAAGUGCACCCGUCUGCCGACCCGUCGCACGAGCGAGCCGAGACGCUCAAGCCCGGCUUCGACCCGCUCGGCAGCCCUCCUCCCGACGAGAACCUGUUCUGCCUCGACACGACCUUCUUCCUCGGGUCGCGCAUCCUCCCGCCAGCGUACCCGCUCCCCGACAAGCGCUACGAGGCGCCGAGGCUGUACGAGGGCCAUGGGUGGCUCCAAGCCGGCCAGUUCCUGCGCUUCUCGACGCACCUCGAGGAGCUCGCCACCAUCUACCUCCAGGACCUGUUCGGCACGGUCACCAUCCCGCCGUUCAUCGCCGUGCACCUGCGCCGAGGCGACUUCCAGUCGGCGCGCGGCCUCACGUCGCUCGAGGCGUUCACCGACGCCGUGCAGCGCGUGCGGGACCGGCUCGACUGGCGCAUGGACCAUCCCGACGGCUGGGUCGGCGCCGGGCACGCGCAGCAGAAGUACUUCUCGGGCGUGCGCGCGCGGCAUUACGCCGUCGUCGCGACGACGGACGAAGCGCCGUCGAGCGACUUUGUGCGGCAGCUCAAGGAGGACCUCGGGUGGAAGGUGGUGGAUCACGAGCACAUGCACACCGAGGAGGAGCUCGGGGCGUGGUACCCGACCAUGAUCGAUGCGGCGGUGCUUGCGAGGGGCCGGGGCUUUGUCGGGACCGAGUGGUCGACGUUCUCGUACUUGGCCGGGCUGCGUGUAAAGUACCGCAUCUCGACCUCGAUCGCUUACUCUUCUAUCGUGUUCUUAUUGGUCAACUGA